GUCUGUAGGAAUGGAGAUGCCCCAGAAUGAUUUCGAUCGCCUUUUGUUUUUUGAGCAUGCCAGGAAGACUGCAGAGGCAAACUAUGCUAGGGACCCGGUUGACGCAGAAAACCUCACGAGGUGGGGAGGAGCGCUUCUUGAGUUGUCCCAGUUCCAAAGUAUCACCGAGUCAAAGAUGAUGAUAAACGACGCAAUUUCGAAGUUGGAGGAGGCUUUGGUAGUUGAUCCAAAGAGGCACGACACACUCUGGUGCUUAGGAAAUGCACACACUUCCCAUGCUUUUCUGACUCCUGAGCAUGAUGAUGCGAAGAUAUCAUUUGAUAAGGCAUCUCAGUUUUUCCAGCAAGCAGUGGAUGAAGAUCCAGGGAACGAGCUUUAUCUCAAGUCUUUAGAAGUGACCGCCAAGGCCCCAGAAUUGCAUAUGGAGAUCCAUAAGCAUGGGCUUAGUCAGCAGGCUUUGGGGGGAGGGUCUUCGACUUCUUCAAAUGUGAAGGGAUCAAAGAAGAAGAAAAGCACUGACCUCAAGUAUGACAUUUUUGGAUGGGUAAUUCUCGCAGUUGGCAUUGUCGUGUGGGUGGGAAUGGCGAAGUCUCAUGUUCCUCCACCACCUCCAAGAUAAGAACAUUAAACAUUUGAGCCAUCCUCGGGGUAAGAUGGCUGUGUUUGAAUUUGCAAGGUUCGACUUCACCAGAUGUUUCUCGAGUUGACGUAUGUAGAAAUAGAGCAAUGCAUGUGGCCAAUAUACAUAUGUUGAUUUUGUUCAAGUAUUGUUAUACCAGUUUCUCAGCUCAUUGACUAAGAAGGGCAAUAUCUUCUACAUCAAGUUCUAACUCUCUCUAUGAUUUCUAGUUGAGAGCCAUUCUUGC